AUGGCGGGCAAAAUGACUUUGUACAAGCUGGUGGUGCUUGGCGACGGAGGUGUGGGAAAGACUGCCCUGACGAUCCAGUUGUGCUUGAAUCAUUUUGUGGAAACAUACGACCCCACCAUCGAAGACUCGUACCGUAAACAAGUGCAGAUCGACGGCCAAUCAUGCAUGCUCGAGGUUCUCGACACAGCCGGUCAAGAAGAAUACAUCGCCUUGAGAGACCAAUGGAUACGCGACGGCGAGGGGUUUGUGCUCGUAUAUAGCAUCUCCUCUCGCUCCUCGUUUACUCGCAUUCAACGCUUCCACAGCCAAAUCCAGCGCGUCAAAGAGACUGCCAUGGCAGGCUCACCCACCUACCCAGGCUCACCUAUGAGCGCAUCUGCACCCAUGUACGGCCAUGCGCCUGUCAUGCUCGUCGGAAACAAAUGCGAUCGCGUCACGGAGCGUGAAGUAUCCACACAGGAAGGCCAAGCCCUGGCGAAGGAUCUCGGUUGUGACUUUGUCGAAGCCUCUGCCAAGAAUUGUGUCAAUGUCGAAAAGGCCUUUUUCGACGUGGUCAGGCAACUGCGUCGACAACGCCACCAGGGUGGCGGCCGUUCGCCGUCGGAUAGAAAAGAGCCACGUGUACGUCAAGAGAAAGAUCGGUUGCGAGGCGCAAAUGACCGUCGGGCAAGGGUUGCAGGCGGUAAUGGCUACGGAAACAAGCGACAAACUAACAAGCCAAAGUGUGUGAUUCUAUGA